CACCGGCAAAAAUCAAAUCAUAAACUCAUUUCUCCUCCGCCGCUUCUCUCUCCUUUAUCAUUCUCUCCUUCUCUCCCUCGAUUGCAGCAGAGACUCUCUCAUGGAAUCCUCCAGAUCUAGAUCCGUCUUCGUCAACAUCGGACUCAGAGAGCUCAACGGAUUUCGAGUACGGAAGAGACCGUUCUUCCCAGAUUCCGAGCUGACUUGCAGAGAAUUAGCCGGCGUAGCGGUGGAACACGACGGGAUUCGAACUCCGCCGUUGGCUGUUUCGUUUUGUAAGACUAGCCGGAAUUCUCGAUUUUUCGCGGUAUCAGAUGAAGAUGGCCAUGUGAGUUUGUUUAAUUCGAGUAAGAAGUUUGACUCUUCUGCAACUCACCAAGAGAAUACAGAGAAUGCUAGAUUUCGUGACUGGAUUGCUCAUUAUAAUGCUGUGUUUGACAUUUCUUGGAUCAAGGGAGAUAGUUGUCUUCUGACUGCUUCCGGUGAUCAAACUAUUAAAUUGUGGGAUGUAGAGGAGAAUAAGUGUACUGGAGUUCUUAUAGGACACACAGGAACUGUAAAAUCAAUGUGUCCACAUCCAACUAAUUCUGAUCUUCUUGUAUCUGGUUCAAGAGAUGGAUGUUUUGCGCUAUGGGAUUUAAGAUGUAAAAGUAGUUCAUACAAAGAGGAACUCUGUAUCAACUCUACUGACAUGGUUAAAGGAGCUCAUCUAUCCCCUCUUUCAAAGAGAAUCAGACGUCGCAAGGCUGCUUCGUCAAGCAUUACCUCUGUGCUUUAUCUCAAGGACGAGAUCACAAUUGCCACUGCUGGAGCACCUGACAGUGCCUUGAAAUUUUGGGAUACAAGGAAGCUGAAAGUUCCUAUUGCUCAAGCAUCUCCACAGUCAGACCCAACAAACACUAAGGAAAACAGAUCACAUGGUAUAGUAUCCUUGUCACAGGACUCAAGUGGAACCCUUCUCACAGCUUCAUGCAAGGACAAUAGAAUCUAUCUAUACAACACGCGGCAGCUUGACAAAGGGCCUGUACAAUCUUUUUCUGGCUGCCGAAUAGAUUCUUUCUUCGUAAGGACAAUGAUUAGUCCUGAUGGUGAAUAUAUUUUGAGUGGUUCAAGUGAUGGAAACGCUUACAUAUGGCAGGUCAACAAGCCUCACGUAGAUCCUACACUCUUAAAAGGCCACGACUUUGAAGUUACUGCAGUAGAUUGGUCUCCAUCAGAGAUUGGGAAAGUUGCAACAGCUUCAGAUGAUUUCACAGUACGAUUGUGGAACAUAGAGAACAACCGCUGUUCAGACGCAAACUCAUCAGCGUCUCCGUCUAGAGUCAAACGCAGAGUAACCGCAUUGUCAAAUAGUGAAGCCAAAGAAAUACUUGAGAUGAACAGAGAAGCUGAGAGUCCCCAAAAGCAUUCACCAUUAUCAUCAUCAUCAUCAGAUGAUUAUAUUAAUAAUCAGUCAAUGCCUAUCAUCGGAACUCCAGAGUCUCAGAAGAAGAAAACAUCAUUAUCAUCAUCAUUAUCAUUAUCAUCAUCAUUAUCAUUAUCAUCACCAUCAUCAGAAGAAGGAGAAGAUGUAAUAUGCGAGAGAACACCAGAAACCACAUUCAACAGUCCAUCCUCUGUACUAAACCCUCCUUCCUCAGUCAAAAGGCGAACCAUUAGAGAUUAUUUUCUUGUCAGUCCCUAACCUUAGUCUCUCCUUUAAUACUCUUUUCCGAAGUCUAUUGUACAGAAAUUGUAAGCCUUAGAAUCAGAUUGACAUCUGAAAGUUUUGCAUCAAGUAUAUCAGAAAGUGUUAAAAUA